AUGAAAGAACCGAGUACUUGGGACCGUGUCUUGGAGAUGAGAAUAGGGGGUGAAAGUUUUCGUUUAAGUGCAUGCACACAACUGGACCGUUGCGGCUAUGGAACUAUCGGGAUGUGGCCCCUGCUUCCUUGGCAUUUCUCGGAGUGCUCCCAACCAGUUGGCAUCGUCGUCACCAGAAGCAUCUCCAAGUCAACAGCAAAAGGCAUAUACCCAAAUUCCUCCACCAUGACGUUAAUAUCCAAGUCCAUCACUGGUUUUGGCAGUCUUUUACUCGCACAUGCGUGCUACUCGGCCCAGGAGCAUUCGGCCCUGCAGUCGUUCCGAGCUGCCACCUCGGCAGCAUUGACGUUAACUCCCACCGCUGCCACAUCCCUGCCGAUGGAUAUCGCGAUCGAAACGGCUGUUGCUAUUCUGGUUAUUCUUGUCGGCCUGGUUCUCGGCACAUCCCCCAUGCGCCCGAUCCAGUGGCGCGAGUGGGCUGGGAAGAUUGAAAGGGAGGGCGAGGACGGGUUCAAGGACAACAACGGGCAGGUGAACCGGGACUACUUGGGCAAUCCGUUCGCGUACAUUGAGGGUAGGCCAAACUUUGUGGAUAUUCGGAAGCAACGCAAUGAGUUUACCGAGUGGGUGAAAGGUCAGGGGCAAGAGCAAAAGUGA